ACUCUAUCUCCUUCCAACAGGCAGCGCAGGAACUGGAGUCAUGUUCAAUGAGAAUGGAGACGCUCCUGGUCGCUACGACAUCUUCCAAUACCAGCUGUCUAAUGUCAGCAACCCCGGCUACAAGGUCAUCGGCCAGUGGACAAACCACCUUCGCCUCAAUCCGGAGGAGAUGCAGUGGUCAGGUGGUGACCGCAAGGUUCCCGAGUCGGUGUGCAGUUUCCCCUGCGAGUCCGGAGAGAGGAAGAAGAUGGUGAAGGGCGUUCCUUGCUGCUGGCACUGCGAGUUCUGCGACGGCUACCAGUACCUGCUGGACGAGUUCUCCUGCGACAUGUGCCCCUUCAACAUGAGGCCCUUUAAGAACCGCACAGGCUGCCGGGAAACGCCCAUCAUAAAGCUGGAGUGGAGCUCUCCGUGGGCCAUCAUCCCCGUGUUCCUCGCCAUCUUGGGCAUCCUCGCCACCAGCGGAGUCAUCGUCACCUUCAUCCGCUUCAACGACACGCCCAUCGUUCGGGCCUCCGGCAGAGAGCUCAGCUACGUGUUGCUGACGGGCAUCUUCCUCAUCUACCUCAUCACCUUCUUCAUGAUAGCCGAACCCAGCACAGGCGUGUGUGCGCUUCGCCGGCUGCUGCUGGGGCUCGGCAUGUGCAUCAGCUACUCCGCCAUGCUCACCAAGACCAACCGUAUCUACCGUAUCUUCGAGCAGGGCAAGGUUGCAGUCUCGCCCCCGAAAUUCAUCAGCCCCGGCUCUCAGCUGAUUAUCACCUUUAUACUCAUCGGAGCGCAGGUACUCGGGGUGUUCGUCUGGUUUGGUGUGUCACCGCCUCACACCAUCAUCGACUACGAGGAGCAGAAGCCCCCAAACCCAGAGUUCGCCCGUGGAGUUCUCAAGUGCGACAUGGGCGACCUUUCCCUCAUCCUCUGUCUGAGCUACAGUUUCGUACUGAUGAUCACCUGCACCGUGUACGCCAUCAAGAGCAGAGGAGUUCCUGAGAACUUCAACGAGGCCAAACCCAUUGGCUUCACCAUGUACACCACCUGCAUCGUCUGGCUGGCCUUCGUCCCCAUCUUCUUUGGCACAGCGCAGUCUACAGAGAAGAUGUUCAUCCAGACCACCACCCUGACGGUGUCCAUGAGCCUGAGCGCCACCGUAUCCCUGGGCAUGCUCUACAUCCCCAAAGUCUACGUCAUCAUCUUCCACCCGGAGCAGAACGUCCAGAAGAGGAAACGCAGCUUCAAAGCAGUCGCCACGGCAGCCACCGUGUCCAUCAAGUCCUUAGACAAACCCAACGGAGAGUCCAAGAUCGUGCCGGACAGAUCACAGUAAAAAACAUAAGAAGAAAACUCCAUACUUGUAUCACCUCAAGUCACAAGCCCACACUGACAGCUGAUGAUAAAAGACUCAGAAUAUACUUUAGCUUUGCCUUGAUUGUUUGUUCCACUUUCCCUUUACUAUGGACUGAAAUACCAGCAAAGACGUUCCUGGAUGUUGUUUCUUUUCAUUUAUUUAGAUAACUCAGAUCUAAAUAUGGAAUAAGGCACAAAAAGGAAACUCAAAGGAGAACUGGAAGGACGGUGAUCUGUCCUGAAUAUGAUUUUCAAUUGAAAGCCACAUUCACAUAAAUGUCUCAACUUGACAUGGAGAUGUGUUAGUUUUAACUUUCCCUGGAAAAUGCCGUUUAGGAAAAACAAGUUUAAAUGGCGACCUUUGCCCCACAGGAUGCUCAUCCGCGGUGAGUCCCUCGGGGUGGAUGGAGCAUUGUUUACGGCUCCAGAAGCACUGCAUGGAUCGUGUUUUAUGUGUACAUGAAUGUUUUUGAAAUAUUGUUUUGUACGGAGUGUCGUGACUAUUUCUUCUGAUUACACCGGAAGGAACCGGCUUUUAAAAUGUCCCGUUUCUAUUUCUGAUGAUUGAGUCCCAUGGGGAGGGCGUAAUGAAACACUUAGGUAUAAUCACCCACAGCGGAACCAUUCGACGUCCAAUCACAAAUACAACAAAGCGUUUUACUUAAUUAGUGUGAUGUAUGCAAUUAUUAGAGUACAAGCUGGCUUUUCCAGUGGAAACAGGAUAGUGAUUAGAGCAGGAUAUUUAUAUUUACCUGUACUUUUGACUUCUCUGCAGUGUCAAACAAUGUUUGGCAUUUCCCUUUAUUGUUUGUCUAAAAUAUCAAGCCGUGUCCUUGAAGGCAAAAUGCCAAAAUAAUAGACAAGCUACUGUUUUGUUCAUGCAUGGGAACCUGGUCAGAAAACUUGAUUUUGUACCAUGAAAUGUUCUUAUUUCUGCAAACAAAAGUAAUUUCACAACAGUCCCUUAUUUGCCAGGAUAUGAUUUGCAGUGUGAUUUUUUUGUUACUUUUUCAGAACUCAGGUUUUACUGAAGGUGUUUAAGAGGAUUUUCUUUCUGUAAUGGUUUCAGCAGUUAACAAAAUACAUUUACUGUUCU